AUGAGCAAACUGUCGUUCAGGGCGCGCGCCCUGGACGCCUCCAAGCCCAUGCCGAUCUACAUGGCCGAGGAGCUGCCGGAUCUGCCAGAUUAUUCGGCCAUUAACCGCGCGGUGCCCCAAAUGCCCAGCGGCAUGGAAAAGGAGGAGGAAUGCGAACACCAUCUUCAAAGAGCGAUAUGCACAGGUCUAAUCAUUCCUACUCCUGAAGUAACUGAUCUGGCAGAUGCAGAGAUUUAUAACAAGAUAUAUCCUGCUGAUUAUAAGCUGCCUCGCCAGUUAAUACAUAUGCAACCCUUUGCUAUGGAACAAGACAUACCUGAUUACGAUAUGGAUUCAGAAGAUGAAAAAUGGGUUGCGCUACAAAGUCGUAAGAUGGAAUUGACUCCCCUCCAAUUUGAGGAAAUGAUGGAUCGUCUGGAGAAGAGUUCAGGACAAACGGUAGUUACCCUCAAUGAAGCCAAGGCACUUUUGAAGGAAGAUGAUGAUUUGAUUAUUGCAGUGUUUGAUUAUUGGCUCAACAAACGUCUCAAAACUCAACAUCCUUUGCUGUUAACUGUUAAAACGGAGAAUCGAUUUGGCUCGGCUGCCAACAAUCCAUAUUUUGCAUUCAGACGACGUACAGAGAAGAUGCAAACGCGUAAGAAUCGUAAAAAUGAUGAAACCAGCUAUGAGAAAAUGUUGAAGCUUCGUAGGGAUCUUAGUAGAGCGGUCACGCUUCUGGAAAUGGUGAAACGCCGAGAAAAGACGAAACGAGAACAUCUGCAUCUCACAAUCGAGAUUUACGAAAAACGAUAUCAAGCGCAAGAUUUCAGUGGACAAAUAUUGUCAGAGGUGUCGGCCUUAAAGGCACCGAGACCUGCGUUUGCUCCACUCUUUACUAAUCAGUUCGGCGUUCAUCAAAAUUGGACAAAUAAAGUUUGUAAAGAUGAAGUAGUGCCCAGGAAAGAAAAGAGACAGUACAAAAAGCGGAAACAUAAAACAGAUAGCAGAGGAGGAAGUUUGGACGACACUGGUAUUCGUAGCGGAACGGGUAGUGGUGGAGGUCGAGGAAAUCGUCCAGGCGUUCUCGGAAGCGGGCUGGACCCGCUUAUCAGUUCAGAUGAAGAUAGCCCGCUCCCUCAUUCGCACUCCCAGCCUUCGUUACCUUCUGAUCGUGAUGACGAGGACGCUACAGACGAAGGUCAAUUUGCCUUUCGUCGAAAUAGGAAUAGCUCUUAUUUACCGCCUGUAUCAGGUGGUUUUGGAAAUUGGCCUUGGUGUGAUAAAAACGAAGGCGGUAUUGCUGAUAAAAAGUACAGGUUUGCGCUAACUAGCAUUAGCAAACCAGUGCCAAGGUGUAUUGGUUUUGCACGACGGAGAAUUGGUCGUGGUGGCAGAGUGAUAUUAGACCGUUGUUCGGCCGAUAUGGAUGAUAUGUGGUCUACUUUAGAUUUCACGAUACAUGAUUCCAAUCGCGAAACAACAGAUUCGAAUGCAACUGCCACAGCAAUGACUACUGUCAAACAAGAGUGGUUACAUUUUCGACCAAAGACUCCGCCUGUGUCGGUGCAUAGUCCAAGCGAGGAAAGUACUGAUGACACGGACUCAGACGUUGAGCCAACAGUGUCUCGAUCCAAGCUUCCAUACCCGUUCCCACCUGACGCGACGUCCAUAUGCAUCGAGGUGGAGCCGGAACGCGCGGGUGACGAAUCGCCAUUUACAUCGGAGUUCAAUAUUGCGGAUUACUUCGUGAUGGACACCAUGUCGGACACGGAUCUCGCAGAGACGGGUCUCGCUAAUACGAGUAGUGCGUGCAUUAGUGGUCUCUCAGACAGCAGCGUGAACGAAUCACGGACAGACGGCGAGCUGGGCAGUUCACAUUUUGUAGUGACACCGCUCGUGAAUAAUCUGUUUGCGCCGCUCACUAUGACACAACAUACCCGGCUUAUCCAAUGUAGUGGUGGUUCUAGUGUUGUACAUACUUCUACGAGUUCUUCGUUGAUUCCUACCUUGUCCUCCGUCGUCGCCUGUACGACAAAUCAAGCUAUUGUGGCAUCAAGUACAAUGUCCACGCAGUGCACUGUCGGUGUCAGUGCCGCGGUCGAUACACAAUCGAAUCAUCAAUCCAAGCAGCAACACAGACAAUUGCCGAACAAUAGUGCCGCUGCCUCCAUUCUCUCGAAAUCCUUGACUAGUCCGACAAAUAAUAGGAAUGGUAGUAGCUGCGGUGGUGGUGGUGGUGGUGGUAGUGGCAGUAGUAGUGCAAAUGUUAGAGUGUUUAGUGCAAGUACCACGUACAGCGGCAGCAGUGGCGGUAGCAGUAGUAGUAGUAGCGGUAACGGUAGUAACGUCACAAACUUUGGCAAUAGCCACCAGAACGGUCCGCUGCCGCACAUAAACAACUCUAAUAAUCUGACGAACAGCACUCACGUUGUGAACAACCAACAGUCCACGUUAGUUAUGCCACAGAAGCAUCCGCCGUCCAAUCUGUUACCCGGCCUCAUAACGCAAAGUAAAUUGGCGACCCUUGCGAGGAAGCAACAACAGCAGACGCAAAAUCAGGCGCCACAGGUCCCAACGUCCGGGGAAAUUACGCUUAAUAGUAAUAGUGAAAAUUUGGAUAUGGAAGUGGAUGGAGUGGACAGUUCGCCAUGCGAUAGCAAGCCGCAGCAGCAGCAGCAGCAGCAGCUUGUACGGGCGAACAAAACAAAUUCACUGGCGAUGGAAGUGACAUGAUGCCUGCUAUCGGCACCCCUGUUGCCGCCAAUACGUCACUGGGGGCUUCGCUAACUCUCUUACCUUGCCUAUGAUGUCUGCUUCGGGCGGGAGGUCGGAUGCGUGAUGAUAUAUUGCGCUAUGUUGACGUGAAUAGCGAUACGGCUAGAUACAAUUGCUCCUCCAAUCAGUUGUUUUAUCUUGGCGACACUAAUCAGCGAAUGCGUGGAUUCUAAUGCAAGUACCAAAUUUCUUUCUCUUCUCUCCGUCGGAGGGAU